GUCGUGACGUCGCGACGUCGUGACGUCGUGACGUCGCUCAUUCAGUGUUGCUAGCAACAGCAUUUCACAAACAGCAAGUAUCAAUCAAUUCCGAUUUUCAACAUUUAAGAUGAGUAUAAGAAAUACCGAAGGAUGGCAGUCACAUCAUGGCAGCAUAUUCCGCCAGGCGGACGGUGACAGCGUGCAUGUGACUUCUGGUGAUUCGUCGCAACAAAGCGGAGUUGGAGAAGGGGACACUUGCGCCGAGCGAAUCAACAAAGAUGGCGACGAUCCCAUCUCCCUGACACCUCGUGCGCAGCAACGGAAGUUGGAGGAAGUGCGCACGCGCAUUGCAGAGCAAGAGAAAUGCAUGAUGAGUCAGCGCCAACGCCUUGAAAAUAAAAAACAGUUUUACGAGCACUUGUACACGAUGUAUGUGAGCGAGACAAACGAAAUGGCACAGAAGGAAGCAGAAAUAGAGAAAAUGAACGCAGAGAUAGAAGAGUUCAAGAGAGAAGCGCGGGAGCUCAGAAUCAUCAACAGAAACGUGAUUUACAGGGUAGCCGUCGAGGACCAGAACUUCAAGGACACAACAAAAUACCUGCGCAGGUUUGAAAGCCAGUUGAAGAGAACACAGAUGCUUACGGCCAAAGCCGAAGGUAUUGACGAUGAUCUUGUUGUGGCGUACCGGAAGGAGAAAGAGAAGUUGAAGGAGGCUCAGGAAUCAGCCGAAAGGUUACAGAAGCUGCACGACACGCACAAAGAGAAUCUAGAGUUCGUAAACAAGUACUUGAAGUCAUACUUUGAAGAAUACGGCAUGAUUAAUGGUGGGGAAGAUUUAAUACCUUCGGAUGUUCUUAAGAAAAUAUUACAUGAAAGGUCUGCCGUUUUAUCACAUUGUCGUAUCGACGACCAUGAUGAUGAUGACGACAUCGUGUUCUCUACACGAAUGGACAAUUCACCAGCUCCAAUCAACUGUACUCGGGACAGUGAUACAAACGGACGUGAAUCACCCAUAGCAACGGUCAAAGCUACCGAAACUUAUGAACCAGAAAUCGAUACGUCUCCCAAACUGGAAGGCGCGCUGGGGAGUCUAAAGACGAAUUCAACUGUAUUUUUGUCACGCAUACAAGGAGCACAUGAACUUAAACGAAAAGGGGAAGAACAAAAUAUUGCUCUGAAAACUCAGGAAGAAAAGUUACUGAGUCCUUCUCGUAAAGCAAAUGACUCGGUUAAGGAGAAACGCACAUCUCGACAACGUUCUACUGGUGCAAGCACCGCAAAGAGGCAAGUACACACACGAGAUGCCAGAACAAACAAUGUCAGUCAAAAACUAGCUCCCAAACCACAAAUCGAUGCCAUUCAAGCAAAAUGUAAGACUGUUACCCUGCCUGGGUUUGAAUCGCGCAUAAACGUACGUCCAACGACAAGCGAAAGUUCUGCUGGGCUAAACUGGAGUAAACAAAAACAAGGUGUUAAGCUCCCUGCGGUUGUCGGUAUGCGAAAAUCACGUUGCAUCGGAAGAUCCUCCAGAUCCACGCAUACUCCUGCACCUCCCAUCGGAAGAUCAUCCACCUCCACGCAUACUCCUGCACCUCGCAUAGGAAGGUCAUCCAGCUACGCGCAUACCCCUGCACCUCCCAUCGGAAGAUCAUCCAGCUCCACGCAUACUCCUGCACCUCCCAUCGGAAGGUCAUCCAGCUCCACGCAUUCCCCUGCACCUCCCAUCGGAAGGUCAUCCAGCUCCACGCAUUCCCCUGCACCUCCCAUCGGAAGGUCAUCCAGCCCCUCGCAUACCCCUGCACCUCCCAUUGAAAGGCCAUCCAGCUCCACGCAUACUCCUGCUCCUCCCAUCGGAAGGUCAUCCAGCUCCACGCAUUCCCCUGCACCUCCCAUCGGAAGGUCAUCCAGCUCCACGCAUUCCCCUGCACCUCCCAUCGGAAGGUCAUCCAGCCCCUCGCAUACCCCUGCACCUCCCAUUGAAAGGCCAUCCAGCUCCACGCAUACUCCUGCUCCUCCCAUUGGAAGGUCAUCCAGCUCCACGCAUACCCCUGCAACUUCCAUCGGAAGGUCAUCCAGGUCAACGCAUACCCCUGUACCUCCAAGGACUAAGAAUGAAGAAAAGAAACGGUUUUCGCGGAAAAACAAAACCAAUGACAGUUUAAAUAAAUUGGAUAGAUAGUUGCAUAUAUGAAUAU